ACUGCGUCCACAGCCAUCCGGCAAGAUGGUCCCCUCGCUUUGUCUCCCCUGACCGGAGUUGUUUCGGUAUUCAGCGCUUAUUCUUGCUUUCAUACCAUCGAAAACCUGCACUGUGUAUCGAACCGGGCUACCUGCACUCCGAACAAAACGCGUCUCCGUCAGUCAAGAAAUGACGACGGUGAAAAGCAGGUAAAAUGAGUCUGGCUUCUUCUGAAUCACACCUAAACCAAAUGGCAGAAAAAGAAGAGGAGCCUGGUAGCUCAGCAGAAACUAUGAAGCCCUCCUCUUCUCGCAGCAAGAGGAAGCCCGCCACUGUAGCUAAGCACACUGGACAGAAUGAAUCUGACGCCUCAGCAGAAAGCGAAAAUGAAGGUGCCACUUCCGACAAUCCUUCCGACUGUAACACGGGCGGCACAUCUAAAGGCACUUUAGUGAUGAGGCCGGCUGGGAAUGAAAAUAAAGGUGCCAUGAAGCUCAGAGUGGAUUUCAAGCAGAAAAAACCAGAUGAUACCCUGCAGAAGAAAGUGAGCUGCACUGCCUGCGGAAAGCAAGUAAACCAGUUUCAGCGCAACUCUGUGUAUGAGCAUCCUGCGCUCAAAGUACUCAUUUGCAAGUCAUGCUACAAGUACUACACGAGUGAUGACAUCAGCAGAGACUCUGAUGGGAUGGAUGAGCAGUGCAGGUGGUGUGCUGAAGGCGGCAAACUCAUCUGCUGUGACUACUGCAACAACGCCUUCUGCAAGAAGUGCAUUUUGCGCAACCUGGGCAGGAAGGAGUUGUCCGUCAUUACUGAUGAGAACUCAAAGUGGCACUGCUAUGUCUGCAGAUCAGAACCCCUCCAGGAUCUGGUCUCCAAAUGCCACCGCAUCAUGGAGAAACAAGAACUUGAGCAACUGAAGCAACGAAAAACAGAUAAAACAGAGGAACGUGAUAGCAAGAGGCACAAGAACAAAGCAGCCAAAGAGCACAAAGCAGUUGUCAAUGGAAAAGAACACACUGAAGGCUCUGGGACCAUGACUUUCUCCUACAAAAGACUUCAGGUACCCAAGGAACUUAUAAAGAAAGCAAAAAAGCUUGUUGAAACUACAACUGGUUUAAACAAUACGUUCAUCCAGUUCAUCCAACAAGCAGCCGAGGACCAGGGAGAUAAAUCUAUCAGGUAUCGGCAUUUGAAAGCCUUCAAGGCCGUGCUUUCUGAUUUGAAGAAAGCCCACAGUGCUUUGGAGAUGGCUUUGGAGCCUGAGUUCAGAAACAUGGAGUUACAGAAUGGUAACGAAGGACAACAUGCUGUAAAAAGGAGCACUAAUGUUGCAGUUGCAGCAAACGACCAUGUAGAGGAUAAUGUGGCAGAUUCAGCUGAGGAGGCUGAUGCAGGUCAAGAGGUGAAUAAGGAAAAUCACAAUGAGCAGGACAAGGACUAUGAUCAAGCAUCCAAUGAGAGUGAAGUAAAAGACCACCAAACAGACACUGAGACAGAUGUAAAAGACAGCCAAGCAGAAACUGAGAUGGAAAUGAAAGACGACCAAUCAGAAACUGAGGCAGAUGUGAAAGACCAACCAGCAGAAACUGAGACUGAGAUGGAAAUGAAAGACGACCAAUCAGAAACUGAGGCAGAAAUAAAAGACCACUCAACAGAAACUGAGACAGAAGUAAAAGAUCUCCAAACAGAAAAUGAGAUAGAAAUGAAAGACCACCAAACAGAAACUGAUAUAACCAAAAAGACUAUUAAAACUGAAGUCUGUGAUGAUGCUCUGGUGUCAGCAGGUGAAAUGUCUUUAGAUCAUGACAUUAUGUCUGUGCCUCCUUCGGUUCCUGAAGAGCUUUUUCAGAUGGUGGAGAGCCUUGCAGAGUCCACCAUGCUCUCGCAGACUGACACCAGUUUGGUCACAGAUAACGAUACCAAGUCAAAUGGAACCCCAACGGACUCUCAACGCCCCCAGCCCAAGGUUAAGAACCUCAUAGUCAAACUGACCCCUGUGCCAGUCGUGACAACUUGUGGGUCAAGGUCCUCCAGGUCUAAAAACAAAGAAAAAGAUGGAGAGACACCGAAAAAGGUCAAAGAAGAAUGUAAGGAGGAGGAAAAUUCUGCUUCUGAUGCAGUAGAUGGGACGGAGAGCCCACCACCCAGCCGCCGCUCUAGUAGAGUGAAGACCACUCCUUUAAGGAAGCAGGCUGAGAAUAAGGACAAGAAUGAGUCCUCUGAGUCAGAGUCGGAGGAAGAGGAUAAGGCCAAGGCUAAAUCCUCCAAGAAAUCCAGGAGCACCAAACAGGAGGAGAGGAAACAGACCAAGGCCUCGGAGAAACAGACUGUAGACUCUGACUCGGAUGAAGUUCCUCACGCACUGCUAGAGAAAGCUGCAGAAGGCCACAGCACAGAUGAGGAGCAGGAAAGCACGCCGGCUAAAAAGCGUUCAUCAAAACUAGACACAUCCACACAAGAUACAGAAAAACUGUCCAAACGCAAAAGGAAGUCUGAAAGCUCAGACUCAGACGUAGAGAAAAAAAGCAAGAAGACGUCCAAGAAAAAGAAGAAGAAUCAAAAUGGCUCAGACUCCUCAGACUCAGACUCUGACAACGAGGAGACAAAGAGUAAAGUGAGCACAGCGAAGAGGAGGUCUAGCCGUGUGAAGAAAAAAGAUGACGCAAAAGAGGAAGACAAAAAUUCACCUGAAAAAAAGGCAGCUGAUCGGAAGAGGUCCUAUGAAAAGAAGCGCAAGGGAAAGAGCACCAAAGCAGCCUCCAAGCUGCAGUCGUCCUCCAGUGAGGAUGAAGAGGAGCAGCAGGCUGAGGGCGACUCCGGAGAGGACAGCGACGAGCAGAAGCUCAAACCCCUCGUGGAGGAUAACGUGGUGGGAGGCAGUGGACCCUUUCAUCAGUCCUCAGGAGAUGAAGUGGACACUAAAAUGGAAGUUAGUGGGCUCUGUGAUGACGACGACGAUGAUCCAGAAAACAGGAUUGCUAAGAAAAUGCUUCUAGCCCAAAUAAAAUCCAACUAUUCUUCGGGAGCAGAGAGCUCCUCUGACAAUGAUGGAGCAGAUAAGGAAGAGAAGUCGUCAAAGAAAGCUAAAAAAGAAAACGAAGACGAAGAACAGCAAGAUGAUGAGGAUACAGAUGACUCUGGUUCUGAUGUUGAAGUAAAGAAGAGUGGCAGACGCCAUGCAUUGCUUCGUCACAAACUGUCGCUGAGUGAAGGUGAAUCAGGAGAGGAGAAACCUGCCAGUAAAGACAAAAAGAAUAAAGGGGGCAAGAAGAAGUCAGGGCGUAAAUUGGGCAGUGAUGACUCUGCAGACUCAGACUUUGAAAAGUCCGAGUCUAGUGCAGAUUCAGAGAUAAGUGAGGAGAUUAGUGAAUCAGAAAAUGACGAAAAACGUCGAAAGACCAGAUCCUCAAAGAAGAAAGAUGACGAAAAACAGAGAAGUUACAAUCAGAAAAAGAAGCGACGCAGGAUCAAAGUUCAGGAAUCCUCUUCCAGCAAUGAGAAGAGUGGAGAGGAAGAUGGUGACGACCAAGAUGGAGAAGGACGCAAAGGUCGAAAAAAGAUCCGCAAAAUCCUGAAGGAUGACAAGCUUCGGACAGAGACGAGAGAUGCUCUGAAAGAAGAGGAGGAGAGGAGGAAACGUAUAGCUGAGAGAGAGGCACUCAGGGAGAAACUUCGAGAGGUGAUUGUGGUGGAAGAGUCCUCCCAGGUGACCUGUCCCAUCACCACCAAGCUGGUGCUGGAUGAAGACGAAGAGACCAAGGAGCCGUUGGUGCAGGUGCACAGGAACCUCGUCACAAAGCUCAAACCUCACCAGGUGGAUGGAGUGCAGUUUAUGUGGGACUGCUGCUGUGAAUCUAUGAAAAAGAUUGAGAAGUCUGCUGGCUCAGGCUGCAUCCUCGCCCACUGUAUGGGUCUGGGAAAAACUCUGCAAGUGGUGACAUUCCUUCAUACGUUGCUGCUUUGCGAGAAGCUCGAGUUCACCACAGCGUUGGUCGUUUGUCCCCUGAACACUGUCCUUAACUGGCUCAACGAGUUUGAGAAGUGGCAAGAAGGGAUGAAAGAUGAUGAGAGUUUGGAGGUAGUUGAGCUGGCCACAGUGAAGAGGCCACAAGAGCGAGCGUAUGCUCUUCAGCGAUGGCAGGAGAUGGGCGGUGUCAUGAUCAUCGGCUAUGAGAUGUACCGAAAUCUGACACAGGGCAGGAACAUCAAGAGCAAGAAGCUCAAAGAGACCUUUCAGAAGACACUGGUAGAUCCAGGUCCAGACUUGGUGAUCUGUGAUGAAGGUCAUAUCCUGAAGAAUGAGGCUUCUGCUGUGUCUAAAGCAAUGAAUUCUAUCAGGACAAGGAGGAGAGUUGUGCUGACUGGAACACCUCUACAAAACAACCUUAUUGAAUACCACUGCAUGGUAAACUUCAUCAAGGAAAACCUGCUUGGGUCAGUCAAGGAGUUCAGGAACCGCUUCAUUAAUCCCAUCCAGAACGGUCAGUGUGCCGACUCCACACUUCACGAUGUCCGGAUUAUGAAGAAGAGGGCUCACAUUCUCUACGAGAUGCUGGCUGGCUGUGUGCAGAGGAAAGAUUACACAGCACUCACCAAGUUCCUGCCUCCCAAACACGAGUAUGUGCUGUCAAUCAGAGUCACUCCGAUCCAGUGUAAACUCUACAGAUACUACCUGGAGCACUUUACAGGUGUGGGGAAUGCUAUGGAGGGGGGCCGGGGCAGAGCGGGGACCAAACUCUUCCAGGAUUUCCAGAUGCUCAGCAGAAUCUGGACCCAUCCCUGGUGCCUUCAGCUGGACUACAUCAGUAAAGAAAACAGGGGUUUCUUCGACGAGGACAGUAUGGACGAAUUCAUCGCUUCAGAAACAGACGAAUCCUCCAUGAGUCUGACCUCGGAGGACGAGAAGACAAAAAAGAAAAAGAAGCAAGGAAAAGGGAAAAAGAAGGGAUCUGAUGACUCUGACAGUGAUGAUUUGGAGGUCAUCAAGGAGUGGAACAGCAGCUCUCGUGGCAGGAACGGAGAGGGUCGAAACAGACCAGAGAUUGUUGAAGAACCAGCUCGACCCUCUGGCUCUCCCUCUGGAAGUCCCACUGCUGACUGGCACAGAGAGUUUGUCGUUGAGGCUGAUGCUGAGAUCCUCGAGCACUCUGGGAAGAUGGUCCUUCUCUUUGAGAUCCUGCGCAUGGCAGAGGAAGUAGAUGACAAAGUAUUGGUGUUCAGUCAGUCUCUCAUCUCUCUGGACCUGAUUGAGGAUUUCCUAGAGCUCUCCUGCAGAGCCAAAGAUGAAGACAAAGUAUCACCAUACAAAGGUGAAGGCAAGUGGUUCAGGAACAUUGACUACUAUCGCCUGGAUGGCUCCACCAAUGCCACCACCAGGAAGAAGUGGGCUGAGGAGUUUAAUGACACCAGUAACGUAAGAGGUCGUUUGUUUCUCAUUUCGACACGAGCUGGUUCACUUGGCAUAAACCUGGUGGCGGCCAACAGGGUCAUCAUUUUCGAUGCCUCCUGGAACCCCUCCUACGACAUCCAGAGUAUCUUCAGGGUCUAUCGCUUUGGCCAGGUUAAGACUGUCUAUGUCUACAGGUUCCUUGCCCAGGGUACAAUGGAGGAGAAGAUUUAUGAGCGGCAGGUAACCAAACAGUCUCUUUCAUACCGGGUCGUGGACCAGCAGCAGAUUGAGAGGCACUUUACUAUGAAUGAGCUGGCUGAGCUGUACACCUUUGAGCCGGACCUGUUGGAUGAUCCCUCAGGAAAGAAGAGCAAGAAAGCCACACCCAUGCUCCCUAAGGAUCCAGUCCUGGCUGAGAUACUGCAGAACAAUAAGGACCAGCUUGCGUGUUACCAUGAACACGACUCCCUCCUGGACCACAAGGAGGAGGAAGCCCUGAGCGAGGAGGAUCGCAAGGCUGCUUGGGCCGAGUACGAAGCAGAGAAAAAGGGUUUGUCCAUGAGGACCAACUACCAGUCAGCGUACGCUCAUGCCGACAUGGGCACCUCCAGCUACUUCUCAUACAACAUGGCGGCUCUGGCCUCCAUGAGCAACCAGCAGCUGGAGGACCUCAUUAACCAGGGACGCCAGAAAGUCAUUGAAGCCACAAAUGCUCUGAAAACGUUGUCACGGGAGUCACUGGAAGAUAUAAUCGCCACAGUGUGGAAGGAGAACCCGGCACUCACAGAGAGCCAGGUCCAGGCUAUGGCUCUGGGGCGGCAGGCCAGCGUGGAACUGGAGCUCAAGCGCAGGGAAACCAUUUACAGGGACGUUCUCACCAGGCAGCAGACGCUGAUGAUGUUCGUGCAGAAGCUGAUUACCAACAGGAAGGUGCAGGAGCAGCAGCUGGCCAUGGCUAACCAGGCCAACUACCUGAACCAGCUGGCUCUGCAGAAUGGCAUGAUGGGAGGCGGCGGGCUCAGCCAGAUGGACCUGCUUGGGAUUUACCAGCAGCUUCAUGGCAUGAGCACCCAUCAAGGCAUGGGCAAGAAUCCUGGGCCCUCCAAGGGCCUGUAGGUCAGAAGGAGUCUUUCUCACCCCCCCACGCCUCUAGCCGGCUCCCAGUGGCCCAGUCCAAGCGAGGCCCAGUUGUCUGUAACACACUGUGAGACCCCUCAGAGCUCAAAACAAACUGGUGCACCAAGCCGAGGGUGGAGUAGUUCUGAGACUAGACUGCUGUCUACCGGGGCCUCAAGUGGGAUAGACUCUCAGUCUUUUAUUCUGUAAUUCACUGAGAGAAGGUGGAAUAUAAUGUAUAAAUGACUGUGUGAAAGGUCCGCUAGGAAUUUCAACAGAAAAAAAAAACAUGUAUAUACCGCCUUAAUGUUAUUCAAGUUCUAUAUCUUCAUUUUUCAUGUAUUUAAAGACGAGUUCUACCCCCAAUGCUGUUCAGCAUUGUAUUGUUUCCACCUUAAAAAGGGUUUCCUUAUUUAAAGUCAGUUUUUUAUACAGUUUUAAAUGCCUAACUACACCUGAGUGGGACCAGUGUCAUGGGUGACAGGACUCUAUGAUGUAAAGCUCUUACGUGCUUAUUAGCCUCCGUAGAUUCCUCCAUCACAAUCUAGCAGAGCAGGCGGCAGGUGGUACUGUGAAGUCCUGCUCUUUUUUGGGAGAUGGAAGCAACUGAUAAGUCAACAAAAACAGGAAAAAAAACACAAAAAAGUAAGGCCUUAUAUUCGUUUCCUAAAAGAAGCUCUGUAAAGAUUUGGUGAGAAUCUUUUCUAUUAUGCUUUUAAGUGUUUACAUUAGUUGUCGCUGAACAUGAUAAUGGAAUGCUUGUGUUGUUCAAAACUGCCUGCCAGUUCCUAUGACCUUUUUGUAACAUCAUUCUCAUUGUCACGUGUUGUCUAGCAUAGCACUGUGCGUCCUGUUCAUAUGUUUAUGUUCCACUUGUGUUGAUCCCGAGCCUGGGCGAGUUACUGGGUCUCACAAAGCACAGCCGCUUCAGCCGCGUGUCACAGGGCCCAACACUUUACACUUUACUCGUCUUUCAAAGUUUGAAACAUCUGUUUCAAGAUGGAGUGAGGAGAAAGAGUAAAGACUGGAAAUCUUAAUAUAUCUGGCUGAUUUGAGUCCUCUGCUUUGUGAGAAAUGCUCUCCUGGACACUGUAGUCUCACCAGGCAGGCCCCCAGACUACUUGUAUUCUACUUUGGCACAUUCUUGCUUCUAAAUGCUUAAACUGGUAUAGCUGUUAAACAUGGGGAAUAUGAUCAUUUCUCAUGAAGAGACACCUGUUGUCUCUGGUUGACUCCUGUGUUUGCACAAGGUGUAUUUCAUAAAUGUAGACAGGUUUUUUUGCCCUCCUCUAAGAAUGUUCUUAUGUUAGCAAAUACACCAACAUGAUUUGCCAUGAAUCUGAUCUGCUAUUAUCUUGAUAAGUAUUUAAUAUAACAUUUAAUAAAGUGACCAAAAGGAUGAGCAA